AUGACAGCCACUAAUGAUUCCAACCCAUGGUGGUCAGUUUUCCAGGAAGCCAUCACAGCAGCUGGUGGAAAACUUGCAAAGCCUGAAAUAUUGCCUUCAACUACUGAUGCUCGAUUUAUGAGACAGCUGGGUAUUCCCACUCUUGGUUUCUCCCCAAUGAAGAACACUCCCAUCUUACUUCAUGACCAUAAUGAGUUCCUCAAGGAUACAGUGUACUUGGAGGGAAUUAAGUGUUGCGGACAAUAUGACAGACUUGAUUGUGAGUCAAAGGUGAACCUCAUCCUUCAUAGCAAGCUGAGUGCUCUGGGCAAAAAGAAUGCUUCCGCAGGCUUUUCAUUGAUGAAUGCAUCGUUCAAUUCAUUGAUAAAUGCGCUCAUUUGA